CCUCAUCAAUAUGAUAAAUAUUGCAAUAAAUAUUUUAUUUAUUUAUUAAAAACAGAUAGAUCUAGCUAGAAAGAGAGAAAAGAAAGAAGAAGAAAAGAAGAUGCCUUGCGUUUACAUCUCUACGAACGUAAACUUAGAAGGAGUAGACACUGAUUCCAUCUUUUCCGAAGCCACCAAAGCUGUCUCUGCCAUUAUUGGAAAGCCUCAAAAUUUUGUGAUGGUGAUACUAAAGGGGUCAGUGAGCAUAUCAUUCGGCGGGAACAAGGAUCCAGCGGCGUACGCAGAGGUGGUAUCGAUGGGGGGCAUCAACUCGGCGGUGAAGAAGGAGCUCAUCACAAGUCUGGGCACUAUUCUUCACUCCAAAUUAAACAUUCCACCACCUCGAUUUUUCCUCAAGGUUUUCGACACUACAGCCGGACGUUCUCCUACUCACUACUCCAAAUUAUGAUAUAUAUAUAUAUAUCAUGCACUCUUCAAAAUUAGCAAUAAUUAAUUAAUAAUAUAUCAUAUAUGAUAUCAUAUCAUAUCAUAUUAUAUAUAGUUGUAUUAGCUUUUUUGUGGGCCUAACACCAAUAUUCUUAAGCACUGUACUGUUCUGGCCAGAAAAUAAUUUAUAAGGAAAUAAAACAAAGCUAAUAAGACGAAGUUUUUCA